CAAAGAGAAAACGUUUUCUGGAGCCACUAACACUCGUCAACAAUCCCCCCCACGCUAUAAAGAUGUAGUGCCCAGGAUUACGGGAAGGCUUACCACCUUCCCACCCUCUCUUCGCUCACUCCGCUCUUUCGACUGCGACAUCGUCAUGUCAGCCACUACUUUAUCAGAGCCUUCCGGCUCUAUCAAGGGCUCCGGAUCCUUCUUCCGUUCAGUACCUUUCCAGAUUCUCGUAGCAUGCGGUGUCUCUUUCACAGCUCCGGGCAUGUGGGACGCCCUGGGUGGACUUGGAGCCGGUGGAGCAGCUGAGCCUUACGCUGUCUCUGCCGCCAAUGCGCUGGUGUACGGUCUCUUUGCCAUCGUUUGCGUGGCUGCCGGCGCUAUUAACAAUCGCAUCGGACUGAAGUACGGGUUGGCUUUGGGGGCCAUUGGAUAUCCUUUGUACGGCGCAGGAUUGUACACGAACAACCGCAGCGCAAACACCUGGUUUAUGCUGUUUGGUAGCGCCCUUUGCGGAAUCUCAGCUGGAUUCUUUUGGGCCGCCGAAGCUGCCAUCAUCAUCGGAUAUCCUUCCCCUGGCGACCGCGCAUUCUACUUGGCUAUCUGGCAAACUGCGAAAGCUGCUGGUCCUUGCUUAGGUGGCGCGAUCAAUCUCGGUUUAAAUGCGAACCGGAAGACAACAGGAUCAGUCACCUCCGCAACAUACAUUGUCUUUAUCGUCAUCAUGUGCCUUGGUCUUCCAAUUGCCUUGUGUCUAUCUCCAGCACGCAAGGUUUGGCGCAAAGACGGUACCAGGAUCGUUACCCAUCGCGCUGCAACUUGGGGUGCUGAGUUUAAGGCGGUUGGGAAGCUUUUCGUCAGCCGUCGAAUUUUGCUUCUACUCCCCGCCUUCUUCAUCAGCUACUUCUAUAACGGCUUCGUGAGCACAUGGUUGACUACUUAUUUCACUGUUCGCUCGCGAGCUUUCUCCAGUUUCUUCACAAACUUUGCUGGUAUCUUCAGCUCUUUCAUAAUCGCGGCACUUCUUGAUAACCAGAAAAUUCACAUCAAGACCCGUGGAAAGAUCGCUUUCAUUACUAUCGUCACCAUUCUGGUCGGCACCUGGAUCUGGGCUACGAUUCUGCAGAAGGAGUUCUACGACAUGCCCAAAGCACCUGUCUUUGACUGGUUCAAGGGUGGCUUUGGGAAGAGCUAUGCGCUGGUAUUCUUCUGGCAAUUUGGUGGCCAAGCAUUCCAGCAGUUUCUAUACUGGAUUGUUGGCCAGUAUGCCACGGAUAUAUCGAAUUUGAGUCAUCUCACUGGUAUUCUCAGAGGUGUCGAGGCAUUGGGCCAGACAGUUGCUUGGGCUAUGCAAUCGCAAGGAGGUGCAAAUCAUUUCGUUAGCAUCGGAUUGAACUUCGGCAUCACCGUGCUUUGCGUCCUGCCCACCUGGAUUGUUUUGUCGGAGCUGGAGGGCAGCCACGAGGUUAGGGUCACGGAGACAGACGUUGCAGCGGACCAGAAGUUGAGCAACGAUCCUUAGAUGGGAAAAUUCGUGAUAUCGUAAUAUUCCUGUAUAUAAACCUGUUCGGCUAUACUAGACCAAGUCCAACCUUUUCGCAAGUUCCUUUGAAAUACGCUCCAAUCUAAUAUAUAGGAACACAACGCGGGGCUUUACUCAACGUCCUUUUGAAUCAUUCACAUUCGAGAUAUCAUUACUGUCGGUAUCUCAAAGUCAGGCU